GAUAAAAGUGCUGACGCUGAUGGAGCAGAAGCCACCUCGUUCUUCGGCAAUCCCACAUCGCAGCUGCCUCUGUUGACGCGAAAACAGUUUUCCCAAAGCUUUCUUUUCAAAACUGCUAUGGCAGACGCAAACGGAGAUGUCGUUUUGGAGCGCAAAGUGCCGGAUGCACUGACAACAUGGGAUAUUUGGGCGUUCAGCUUUAGCAGCACUGACGGAUUAACUGCGGCAAUAAAACCCAUCAAGCUAAAGGUUUUCAAGUCGUUACUUGCCUCCCUAGAAAUACCAUACAGCGUUAUCCGCCACGAAAAUUUCACUGCUGAAGUUUUCAUUUCUAACUACUUGCCGCAUCAACAAGAUGUGACAGUUAACUUAACCAUCCGCAGUCCGGACAACACAGUGAUAACCUUUACAAAGAACAUUAUUUCUGAGCCGAAUGGUACGGUAACGGCGGAAUUUACGAUAAUUCCGGAGGAAAUUGGUGACUGGGAACUCGAGGUCACAGUUCAAUCUGCACUCGGCUCGCAUCAGUUGAAUAAAAUUUUGCUCGUUAAGUCAGAAGGAGUCACGCAGUCCUAUAGCCAACCUAUCCUCGUCGAUCUCCACAAAUCAAAUGUUUUUGAUACAACGAUCCAGUUGCCGAUAGAUCCAGUUGAUAAGGUCACAGGUUCCGAGAAAGUGACAGUUGACGUUGUUGGAGACAUUCUCGGAGUUUCCAUCCGUAAUGUGGAAAAACUGAUCCGGCUCCGGCUGCCGACUGGGUUCUGUGAGCCAAACAUGGCGAUGGUAGCGUCCAGCGUUGCAAUGUUAAAAUAUUUGAGAAAUAUCAACCAAAAAUUGCCUCAAAAGGAGAAAGACUUGGUAAGCAUCAUUCAGCUGGGUUACCAAAGAGCGCUAACGUAUCUGCGCAGUGAUCAUUCGUUCAGUAUGUGGGGAACGUCUGACACUAAUGGCUCUACAUGGUUAACUGCUUACGUGACCAGAGUUUUCGCCGAAACACCGGAACUGCUACCAAACAGCAGCGCUACAGUUAUGAAAAAAGCGGUACAAUUUUUACUGGAUCAGCAAAACCACGAUGGCUCCUUUCGAGAAAGCGGAAAAGCCAUCGACAGUUAUAUCGAAAGCGGCGAAUCCAAACAAGUGCCCUUGACAGCAUUUACGGUUCUGUCGUUCACGAAAUAUAUUAAGACAGGAAAGGCUGGCACAGAGAAAUCGGACGCUUCGCUCCAGAAAGCAGUCGCUUAUUUGGAAUCAAAACUGGGCAAUAUAAAGAGUGACACGUACGCUUUGGCGAUAACAGCAUACGCAUUGGCGCAAGCUAACAGUUCAAAAAAGUUAGACGCUUUGGGUCGGUUGCAAGAUGCAGUGGUCCAGGAUGCUUCUACUGCGCACUGGAAAACUCUUGAGUCAAUCAACGAUGACCGGGAAGACAUCGGCUAUUCGUAUUCCGCCCAUGCCAAAGAUGUGGAAGCCACAGCGUACGCAUUGCUAGCGUGCAUGGCAAACGGCUGCAACUGGAAUAUGUCACUCAAAAUCGCUUCCUGGUUGAUUUCAAAACAAAAUACUGAAGACGGAUUCUUUUCCACGGCGGAUACAGCAGCUGCAUUGACGGCGUUAGCCGAAUUUGCCCAGUCAUUCACGGCUGCUCCGUCAAUUCAAAUCGAUAUCAUGGAUGCCAUUCAAAAGAGGGAUGUGACGAUCUUCCCAGAAACAGCGAUGGCUGUGCAUUCCGUGGAACUUGCACAGAAACCCACAAAUAUUGCGAUUCAUGCCAGAGGAAGCGGGUUGGCUGUCGCGUACGUAAGCUGGACGUACAACGUACUGCGACCGAUAGAGGGCUGGACGUUUGACCUCAAUGUCACUUCAUCCCGUACUGAAUCCGCCAAGGCUUGUCAUUUAAGCAUUUGCGCCAGACACUGGCAAGAAGGUGCAAGCAGCAUAACCGUUAUGGAGGUCACCGCCCUGUGCGGUUAUCAGUUUGAGGAAGAAGAGGUCGACCAGCUGUUGCCCGCAGUCAAGUCAGUGCGGAAAAGCGAGCUGGACAGCAAGGGCAGCCAGCUGAAUUUGUAUUUCGACGAGAUGACGUCGACUGCCAUCUGCUUCAAUUUGACCAUGUAUCAGUCUUAUAAAGUGGAGAAUUUGAAAGCGCGAAGCGUAGUAAUCUAUGAUUAUUAUAAUCCCAAAGACCGACGAGCGGUUUUUUAUACCCCGUUAUAAAUGAUACUCAAAGCUGACCAUCUACAGAUAGCUACAUAACGUAGCUUU